AUGAAAGUAAACAAAGCAGCAGCACAGAAAAUAUCUGUACAGUAGUGUAGUAUUUAGUCCUAAACAGUAGUGUUUAUUUCCCUUUUGGACUCAGACUUGAGUCCAGCUCAGUACAUUUUGGACUCGACUGGUUAAAGACAACAAGGACUCGACUCGGACUUGGCAUAGGUGGACUCGAACACAACACUACUUGCUGAAAACCAACGGCCACCAAAAAGUUUUACAGGCAUGCUGCAUUGUGAAAAUAUCAUAACUGCAUUUAAAGAGUUUUGAAAAUGGAGGCAUCAGGAAAACUGCUGUCAUCAAGACUGAUUUCCCUGCUUAGGAAUGGAAAGUGGGAAAAAGAAGAUGUUGUAAAGUUGUUUAAUACCCUCAUGGAGCAAUUUAAUGGCAGAAAUGAAGAUUUUUACACAUGGAUGAUGAAAAAUCUUCAUCAAGUGGAGAUUCAUAAAAUGAGUGUGUCAGAUUUGACAUCAAAUGGUAAGAUUGUGGAUCAUGUUGAGGAAAAAAUGAAUAAAAUAGCCAAAAACACUGAUAAGAAAACACUGGAUGAGAUUAUGAAGGAAAUCUGUGAACAAUCAGAUACUGAUAAGCAAACUAUGGCAGAGGUAAAAGACAUUGUGUCUUCUGUGUCGGAAUGUCUAUCAGUUUCUACAGCACCACAUCUACAUGAAAAAAAGAAAAGUUUGUUUAGACUUUGCAAAGCUGUAGAAAAGACAAUGAAAUAUAAACCUCGACUGACUCAGAUGGUGAGCUGGUGCAUUCUGGUUCUUUCUAAAUCAAGUCGACUGGUUCAGGUUGGAACAGGAGAAGGAAAGUCGUGCAUCGUGGCAAUGUUUGCAGCUUAUCAGGCCAUGACUGGAAAAACCCCUGACAUCAUCUCCAGUUCUCCUGUACUUGCUGAAAGAGAUGCUAAAGAAUGGUCUGCAUUUUAUAAGGAACUGAAAAUCACUGUUGACGUCAACACCAAUAAAUCGGAAGAGAAAAAGCUGAAGAAGUGUUAUGAAUGUCAUGUGGUCUAUGGCACAUCUGACAGUUUUGCAGCUGAUUGGCUGAGACAACGCUUUCUAAGACAAGAUGUGAGAUCUAAGAGAGAGUUUCAGUGUGUUAUAGUGGAUGAGGUGGACUCACUAAUGCUGGACAAAGGUCUUGAAGUGGUCUACUUGAGCACUGAGAUCCCGCUAAUGGAAUCUCUCAAUGGAAUACUGGCCAAAAUUUGGUUUGAAAUCAACCAACUGAAGCACUUUGAGACUGGAGAGAUUUUAGGUCCCAUUCAGCUCUUCUCUCAGGUUCUGUCCGAAAUCAUUACUAAAAAUAAAAACAUUGAUCAACACAGUAUUGUGCAGAUGGCUGUGGACUCAGGAAUUAUGCCUGUAAGAUCUUCAAUGCAAAUGCAAGAAAACCUGGAAAAUGUGUUAAAACAGCUAGAUAAUUCAAGUGUUGUGCAAAUGGUGGCUUUUUUAACCAUAUUUGUGGGGAAAUUUCCUCAGUAUUUCUUCAAAUUAUACCAGGAAAGGCCUGAUGGGACUCUAAGGAGCCUGAAUGAAAUCAGUCCUGCAUGUACAAGUGAAAGACAAGAAAUAUCUGUUCUUCUUUUGGGAAAUGGAAAAUGUCGUGUUGUGCACUUUGAGGAGGACUCAGUAAUUAUGUCCAUGGGGCAAACAAUUCAAAUUGCUUUUCAGUCUGAAUCAAUAAAGAUAAAAAUGGAAUCUCAUAUCCCAGGCCUUGAAGAUCUCAUUAAUGGAAAGGUACAAACAUGGAUUGAAAAUGCCUUCCUAGCUACAAAAAUGACUCUAGGCCACGAAUACGUCCUUCAUGGAGUUGGAGUCGCUCCUGUCGAUUACAAAUGCACUGGUGUUGUACAGAAUGACAUGAAAUGGGGGGAAGGACUUCAGCAGUUUCUGGAAAUGAAACAUCAAACUAAACUGUCCAAUAUGACUCUAAUCACAAACUUCAUGUCUAAUGUGGGUUUAUUUAAGAAAUACACAAACCAAAUAUAUGGGGUCACAGGAACCUUGGGGGACCAAACAGAGCUUGACAUGCUGAAGAAACUCUACAAUGGAAUUGAGACGUGUAAGAUUCCCUCAUUUAGGCGAAGGAAACUUUAUGAGCUGGAAGGUCUGGUGAUACCUGAAGAGGACGAGUGGAUCAGGACUGUCUGCAAUGUUGUUAAAUAUCAAGUGUCCUCCACAGUCUACCGAGGUCCACGAGCAGCUCUCGUCAUCUGUGAAACAAUCAAUCGUGCAGUAAACUUUUACAGGACCCUUUCAGUCACCAUCUCUUUAGACAAACUAAAACUCUAUGUGAAUAACAACAUGAAUAACUCUACAAUAACAGAUUCAACCAUUCAAGCGGGAGACAUCAUCAUUGCAACUAAUCUAGCAGGUCGAGGUACAGACCUAAAGGUUAGUGAAACUGUGAAUGAGGCAGGAGGUCUGUUUGUGGUGCAAACCUUCUUACCUCUGAAUGUCCGUGUAGAAGAGCAAGCAUUUGGACGAACGGCUCGCCAAGGGAAUCCAGGAUCCGCUCAACUCAUCAUGUGCAGCAGUCAUUUCUCUGACUUAGUUAAACUAGUGAUGGGUGAAAACCCAUCUCUGACCAGCUUACUCAGCCAUCUGGACAGCUUAAUACAGAAAUUGCAUAGUCUCAAAGAGACUCUAUUUGAGGAAACUGUUAAUUACUACCUGGAAAAUCACAGCUCUCAGACUCAUGAUGCAGUGACCUCUGCUCUAACAGACCUCCUAACCAUAAAUUCAUUCCCAUCACAGGAAUGCAGUCUAGAAAAGGCAAAAGAUGUUAGAAACAUUCUGGUAAACAUCAGACUCUCUGGGUUUCUUGCACAAGACAUUCCAAAAAUCCUGAAAAAGGAAGAGCUUUUUUUUGUCUACCUUGAUCUUUUGGACAAUGCUUAUGAAGAUGAUAAAGAUGACCAGCUUGAUGUAAUUGUGUCCUCUCUUCAUGAGUGUUGGGGUUUGUGGCUCCUCAUGCACUCCAGUGAGGAAAAGACUAUUGAGAUGUUGAAGGAACAGCUAAAGGUGGAUUUGUUGAGUGCGAAGCAGAAACUUAUGAGCAAACAGUCUCCAUCAUCUAUGGUCUACUAUUACAUCAGGUCUGGAAACAAACUCCGUGAGAAGGGACGCCUUACUGAGAGCAUUGAGAUGUACACCAAAGCUCUAGAGGGUGGUGCCUCUGGGGAGAUUAUUCCUCUCUAUAAUCGUGCACUGGCCACAAUUAAGAAGAAAGACACUGGUUAUAUCACUCGGGCAUUGGCUGAUCUGGAAAAGGCUGACAAAGCAAUUGUUUCAUACAAAUCUUAUCUGGCACAUAUUCUGAUAUAUAUCCAAUUAUCAAGUCAUGUGCCAGAAACAGAAGGCGAUACUUUGCUCUCAAAACAGUUUAAAAUUAAAUUUAUGAUUGUAAAUCUACUCAAGAUGAACAUUCAAGAAGCUGUAAUGAAGUUGAAGAGAGCUGCAAGCAUAGGAGGAAAUGUGAGCCUGACUGAAAAACAUCCAUUGUUUCUGGUUGUGCACAUUAUACUCAGUAAUCAAAUACUUCUAGGUGAUCUGGAGACGGAGCUUAUGCACAUCAUGUCAUUGGGUCUUGAGGAAAUUUUCUCUUUAGACACCCUAUUUUCUGCUAGUGGCCUUGUGUCAAAAAUAUUAAAACUUAUGAAGUAACAAAUUUCACAAAGGUACAAAGGUAUGCUGUUAGUUUUACAUAAGCAUCAAAUACAUCGCUAUUGUGCAAACGUCUAAUAUAUAGGCUAUGUCUUAAGAAUUGUUAUUCUAAUCACACAUACAUGAAUUCUUCCUGAUGACACAUUUCAUAUUUUAUCGUUUGAGAAGCACAUUUUUAGUUGGACUGAAUUAUGAAAGACUUCAUGAAUGCUGAAAUUUAAAAAAACUCUGACUCGAGUCCGGUCUCGAGUAGAAUUUUUAGGCGACUCGGACUUGUCACGGACUCGGAUUCAUUUUUACUCGGACUUGACUCGGACUCAAGCCUUUCAGACUCGGAAAAUAUCCCAGUCCAAAGAAAGUUGACGGAAAUGUUACUGACAUUUAGUGAUAUUUAGUACUUGCAUGUUUUUUUAAGUCUUGUCCAGCAGGCUACUUGAAAGCCGACGGGUUUAUGCGCGCACACACUCAAAGCGCGAUCACAGAACGCGCCUCUCAGUCAGUGUGUGAAUACAGAGUUCUCUUUCGUUUCUAAUAGGGUCUGUUAUUGCUACACAUAUGUUCGUCUUAGAGACUAUUCAUGUAAAUAAAGUUGGUUUUGUCUUAAGUAAACCUGAAAAGUUGGGAGAAACACUGAUGCACCAAAAUAUUUGAUCUGUGCGUCAGAUCUUAAAGUGACAGCAGCGUAAACCUGCAGCAGCCGACCAUGUCAUAAAUACUAUAUUAAUCAAACAACAAAAGAAAAAGAGAAAAUCACUUACUUUUCUUGACUGAAUCACUUAUUAACUUUAAUAAGAAUCAUAUUUAACGUAUACAGUGAAGAUUUUGCAGUGUUUUAUUUUAACAUUUAUUACUUCAUAAAAUAUCUGUAUAGUCUGUUUCUGUAAUAGCCUUUCGAUAGACCUACGUUAAAAAAAAAAAAAAAAAAAAAAAAAACUUUUUUAA